AUGUCAACUACCAGAAGGGCCCAUACCACGAGAAUACCCACUCUACAUAGCAAUAAACAUCAUUCUCAUGAUAAUGGCUCUACAGUAACAACUGAUUCUUCCGCUACUGGUAGUAGACAACGUCAGUCGAAAAGAGAUGAGGCGAUUCGCAAGAAGUUGGAAACGGAGCUUUCCAAAAAGAAAUCGGGCUCAAAAAAGAUACGUCAACAAACUACUCGUAAAAUAGCUGGUACUGUUUCUGCCCUGCGUCCGGCGCAAGCAUUGACAGUCAAAGAGAAUAUGUUGAUUAUCGAAGCCUCACAAUUGAUGGCUGCGAAAAGGAGUGAUUGUGUUUUGGUGGUAGACGAUGAAGACCACUUGAGUGGCAUUUUUACGGCUAAGGAUCUUGCUUACAGAUUGGUUUCAGAAUCAUUAGAUGCCAGAAAUACGACAGUAGCCAAAAUCAUGACAAAGGGUCCUAUGUGUGUUACCUCUGAUACAUCAGCCACCGAUGCUCUGAAUCUGAUGGUUUCUCGUGGUUUUCGUCACCUUCCCGUCUGCAAUGAGGAAGGGGAUAUUUUUGGUCUUUUAGAUAUAACGAAAUGCUUGUAUGAAGCACUUGAUAAAAUGGAGAGAGCAUUCGGUUCUUCCCGCAAGCUCUACGAUGCAUUGGAAGGUGUUGAAAAAGAAUGGGCCAAUUCGCCUAUUCAACUUGUUCAAUACAUGGAAGCUCUUCGUGACAAAAUGGAAUGCCCUGAUCUCAAUUCAGUUUUAGAUGGCUUACCUCCUGCAGAGGUUAGCGUUAAAACCAAUGUGCGUGACAUUGCACGUAUGAUGAAAGAAUAUCACACUACGGCUGUUUUGGUAACUGACCGCGAUGGCUUAGCAGGCAUCUUCACUACGAAAGAUAUCGUACUGCGGGUAAUUGCUGCAGGUCUGAAUCCUGAAACCUGUUCUGUUGUCCGUGUUAUGACGCCCCAUCCUGAUACAGCACCUCCUCAAAUGACGAUUAUGGAUGCUCUAAGGAAAAUGCAUGAUGGUCACUAUCUCAAUCUUCCAAUCGUGGAGAACGGUGUUGUCAUCGGUAUCGUAGACGUUUUGAAAUUAACAUAUGCUACUUUAGAGCAGAUCAAUAGUAUUGAGGGUAAUGAUGGGGAAGGACCGAUGUGGGGAAGAUUCUGGGACAGUUUCGGAGCUGCGGAUCAUCAAGAUUCAGAAUCGCAAUUAUCAGAUCCUCUUUCUUCACAAUUGAAUCAUACAGCAACAGCAAAUGCUUCUCACCUCACAGCAAACGGUAACGGUCUGCAGCCUCAUCGUGCUAUUUCACCUGAACCUUCUGUUUCGCUUUCUCAUCUACAAGGCUUCUCAGAAAUCACACCAAAUGAAUCAGCUAGCAUGGUAGCUAAUCAAGACGACCCCUCAACACUAUCAGAAGAACGCAACAACCGGACCUCUCCUUCCGUCACUAGCAAUACAGAUCUCUUUUCGUUCAAAUUUACCUCU